AUGGAAGGCCUAUUCAAGAAUGCCAUUGCAAUGAGUGGGUCGUCGUUAAACCCUUGGGCAUUUUCCAAAAAUGCUACAGAUAGAGCAAUUCGAUUUGCUCAGUAUUUGGGAUACACAGGGAAAACUUCGAAUGAUCUCGUAAAUUUUCUGAAAAAUGUGGAUCCCAAAGACCUAGUGACGAACGCAAAUGUUGCUCUUUCCGAAGAGGACAGCAAAACUUUGUUCACCUGUGUCUGGGUACCCAGCGCCGAGCCGGUAAGCGACGGAGCAUUUCUGACCGAAGAGCCGUGGACAGCUUUGUCGGAAGGGCGCUACAAUCUGGUUCCUUUCUUGUCUGGCAACACUGACCUUGAGCGAGUUGGACACACACAGCCUGGUGGUUCAUUAUCCACGGAGGCCCAAAUAGAGAACCUGAACGAGAACUUUGGCGAAAUUGUGGGCUGUGAUCUACGACUUCCGACGAAGGAAGAACGGCUAGAAGGCGCUGAGUCCGUGAAAGAGUUCUACUACAACGGCAGCGACAUCACACUCAAGGACAACUAUACGACCGCUCUGUUCGACUCGCACCUCUUCUUCGUGGAGGGAGUGGACGCUGCCAUCAGGAGCAUGUCUCGCUUUUCCUCGCAGCCUGUCUUCUACUACCAGUUUUCGUACGUCGGUCCCCUCAGCUUAUAUCCUGGCGGCCCAGGAGCAGCACAUGCCGACGAUAUGCGCUACAUGUACACAACACCCACGGACCUGGAUCCUGAUUCAGAUGGAGGCAUUAUCAGAGCUCAGAUGAUAGAAAUGUGGGCUAAUUUUGCCAAAUAUGACAAUCCAACACCGGAACAGUCUUCUCUGCUGACAGAAGUGUGGAAGGAAUACAAUGAAUCGUCCCAGUAUUAUUUGGAGAUAACGAGACCUCUUCGCCUAAAAACUAACUUGUUUGAGCCGUACAUGAUCUUCUGGCAGAAUCUGCUGCCGUCGUAAAUGCACAGCCUGACCAUGUCAGGCCAAUAUAAGCUGCUUCUGAAAUUAGCUUCAGAAUUCUAUCUUCAGUUACCCAAUCAAGCUC